AUGAAAUUGGAUAACUUGGGAUUUGAGAAAUUACAGACGGCUGAACGGAGCGCAGGCUGGGAGACACACAGAGUGCGUCUUAACAGAGUGCCAGGCUAUGGAUUCGGUAUCGCAGUGUCAGGCGGUCGGGACAAUCCUCACUUCGCCAGCGGUGACCCUUCGAUUGCGGUGUCCGAUGUACUUCGAGGCGGACCCGCUGAAGACAAACUACAAGUAAACGAUCGAAUAGUGUCAGUAAACGGGGUACCCUUAGAGAAUGUGGAAUAUGCACGGGCGGUGCAAGUGCUGCGAGAUUCAGGUGCUGCUGUCUCGUUGGUGGUGCGCAGACGAGCGCCAGCCCCACCACCAACUGCUCCUACUACCAUAAAACUGUCGCUCACUAGGAAUGGAAAGAAAGAAGAUUUUGGAAUAGUCUUAGGAUGCAAAUUAUAUGUCAAAGAGCUCACAAUGAGGGCGAGAGAACAACUGAAUCAAGCAGGUCAGGGUCUUUGCGAAGGUGACGUGGUAACUCGGAUCAACAACACACCGGUGACAGACGCCAUGACACUGAAAGAGGCGAAGAAGUUGGUUGAGUCUUGCAAGGACCGGCUAAACCUGGUCGUCACAAGAGAGUUGAUCAGGGAGGAGACUGUGACGAAUGGAAAUUAUCAGAAUAAUUACAACAGUCUAGAGGCGUCGCCGCACACGUACGGGGCGGAGUCUCUGUCGUACGUGGGCGGCGGCAGCGGCGGCGGACAGAACGUGUACGUGGCGGCGCCCGUGCGCGGCGCCGAGCGGCGCAACGAAGUGGACCAGCCGCCGCGCCCCCCGCCUCCCCGCAGCGACGAUUAUUACUCUAGUCGAAGACAACUGUACGAAGAAGAUGGAAUGACAAAUCAAAGGAACAAACCACCGAGUGAGCCGCGACUAAUAAGCUUUCAAAAGGAGGGUUCAGUGGGGCUGCGUCUUUGCGGCGGUAAUCGAUCCGGGGUCUUCGUGUCCGGGGUCCAGCCGACGAGCCCCGCUGCACUGCAGGGGCUACAGCCUGCCGAUAAAAUACUUAAAGUAAACGACAUGGAAAUGAAAGGAGUGACACGGGAAGAAGCGGUGCUAUUCCUACUAAGCCUACAGGAACGGAUCGACCUCAUUGUGCAGCAUUCACCGGAAGAAUAUAACGCCGUGGCCAGUGGACAAACGCCGGGCGACUCAUUUCACAUAAAGACACACUUCCACUACACGGAGCCGCGCGACGGCGAGAUGUCGUUCCGCAGCGGCGACGUGUUCCACGUCGUCGACACGCUGCACAACGGCACGGUCGGCGCCUGGCAGGUCUACAGGAUAGGUCGCAGCAAUCAAGAAGUGCAAAAGGGCAUAAUACCUAACAAAGCGCGAGCCGAGGAGCUCGCAACGGCGCAGUUCAACGCCACCAAGAAGGAGAUGUCUGGCAACGAUACCAAGCACUACUUCUUUCGUCGACGUCGUUCUACACAUCGGCGGACCAAAAGUCUAGGAAAGGAGCACUGGGACGAGGUGGUGCUGUCGGACAGCAUCAGCAAGUUCCCGGCGUACGAGCGGGUGGCGCUGCGCGCGGCGGGCUUCGUGCGCCCCGUCAUCGUGCUGGGCGCCGCCGCCGACCUGGCGCGCGACCGCCUGCUGGCCGACCACCCCGACUGCUUCGCCACGCCUAAAAUGGAUAGCGCAUUAGAAGACAGUAAAACAAAAUCGUCGGGCAUCAUUAGGCUCUCAAGCAUCAGGAGCAUAAUGGAGCGAGGGAAGCACGCACUACUCGACAUAACACCCAAUGCGGUGGAUCGACUAAACUAUGCUCAGUUUUACCCCAUCGUGAUAUUCUUGAAGGCCGACAAUAAGCACAUAAUCAAGCAGUUGAGAGCCGGGUUGCCUAAAUCGGCGCACAAAUCUUCGAAGAAACUCCUAGAACAAUGCCAGCAUAUGGAGCGCGUGUGGGGCCACGUGUUUACACACACCAUUACGCUCAGCGAGGCCAACCUGAAUACCUGGUUCAGUAAGCUUGUCGAACUCAUACAGAGGACCGAUCAGCAGAAGUUCUGGGUGUCAGAAACCAAGAGGCCGGAGCCGUUAUCGGACGACUUUUUGUUCUCAAUGUCGUCUAGUACAGAGAACAGAUUAUCUUACGCAUCUAGUCCUGAGAGUGAUUUGGAAGUAAGUCCGCCGCCUGCGCCUAGACUAGUCAAGUCUUCAUCAGAUCCAUCGAUUGCGACCACGCAAGACAACAUGGACCGGGAUGACGACAUUAAUCACAUGGCCGAUGCUGUUCCUCCGCCUUAUACGCAGGGUGGCUACGGAGACAGCAAAUAUGGCUUUUCAGCGAAUGGGAAUGGCACAUCUAACAACGGCAUGGGACAUAAUAAUCAGGGCGGUCACAAUAUGGGACCCAAUUCUAACGAGGCACCGCCCUAUCAGUGUAAUCCCAUGACACAUUCGCCACCGCAUUCGCCACUUUAUGGAACCGUGCCGGAGCUGCCGCCGCGCGGGCCGGCGGCGCGGCCGGCGGGCGGCGUGCUGCUGCCCGCGCCGCCGCCCGCGCGCCCGCCGCACGCGCUGCGCCACAACCCGCCCAUUCGUCCAAGCGCACAAGAGCGUUUAUUCGGUCCCCCCAACUCAACAACAAACUCUGGAGAUGACACUGCGACGUACACCGCACGACCUACGAGCAUGAUAAUUCAACAGACACAGGAACAAGGAUCGUUGGAUCGGCAUCGACACGGCUCAAAUCCGCAAAGUUCGUACGAUGGUACGGGCGGGUACGAUUACAGCGCGUCCAAUACUGGGUCGUCACUGGGCUCGUGCCGCUUGCCGCCCAACGCGCCCGACGACCUCAAGGUGGCGCCGCCCGGUAAAAUGGAACCACCGCCACCGCCGAACCCUACAGCGAUGUCAGCGCAAAGUCCGCAGCGUAACUCCAACUCACACGAGCACUCUUCGCUCGACUACCGAGGACCCGAAAAUAAUUACAGAUGCAACGAUGGCUACCGCAGCGGGCGUCCGACGAAUGACAGUAGUCCACACACACAGCAACAUAACCAACAGCACACCCCGCAACACGGCCCGCAGCAUGCACCACAACACGGGCCUAUGCAUGCACGGGGACCUUCGUUGCCUAAUGUACCUACCAAUGACCACGCUAAAUACAGUGCACGCACAAACUCCGCGUCGCAAGCCGACUACCAGCGCAACUCGGGUCCGGCCUACAAGCCCGUGCCGCCUCCCAAACCGAAGCACUAUCGUCCUCCAGAUGCCAUGCACCACACUCGCAACGGGAGUAUGGAGCCCCCGCAAGCAGUGGGUAUGUCACCGGCGGCUCGCGCGGCCGCGCCGCCGCACUACUCGCACUCGCACUCGCUGUCGCAGCCGCACCCGCAGCACCCGCCUCACCCGCAGCACCCGCAGCAUCCGCAGCAUCCGCAGCACCAGCAGCAUCCGCAGCACCCGCAGCUCCCGCAGAUGCCGCAGCACCAGCAGCAGCACUCGCAGCCCGCGCAUCGACCGCACGCCCAUCCCAAUUACCAGCAAGGGAUGUACGGUGGGCAGAUGCCGCCUCAGUCGCCGCCGUACUCGGGCCCACCUUCGCACCAUCGGGCGAUCAACUUGCCUCACAACCCCCAACUCAUUGACCUAGCAGGUAGCAGAGAACAGCGUGGUUCAGCUUUCGAGCUGUAUAGAAAACCUCAGCAUAUGCACAAUAUAAGCUCGUCCGAUGCGAUGAACUCGAGUGCAGAGCCCGACGAAACAUUCUCGCCAAAAACUAAAAAGAAAUUAUCUAAAAAGCCGUCGUUUAUAAAGAACGCUGUUCUCGAUCUGUUCCGCUCGAAAACGAAAUCUUCGAGAAAGGUGUCUCGUCAGAAGUCAUUGUGCGAAAGUGAUUUGCAGCAGAGACAGAUGCCUCAAAUGCCGAUACUAAGACGUGAGAAAUCAGAUCUGAGCGACAUGAGCAUACACAUGAGGAACACACAGAUUAGAAAUCAAAUGCUACACACAGGCAGUUCAUCCUCAUGUGAAAAACCUGUUCUGAAACCGAUUCUUAAAAGGCAGAGCUCGUUCUGUGACGAUAGAAACGGCUCUAUAUGUACGGUAAGAGAUUACGAAGCUAAACCUGUCUGGAAGAAUCUAAGAAGGCAGAAUUCAAUGUGUGAAAUUGAAACCGAACCCAAAGUUACCCCAUUGUUACGCAGACAGAAUUCCCUCAUAGAGUAUAAUAGGAGAGGAAUUUAUGGACAAACGUCCAACUUUAAUAUGAUUACCAAAAUAGAUCCCAUUUACCAAAGACAGCAACAAAUAAAACAUGAACCAUUUUACCCCUCUCAAUCACUACCUCCAGAACCACUUUACCAAAGCAAAGACCAAGUAAUAUAUGAUCCUAUACCUAAGCCGAGAAGAACUUAUACUUCUCUAUACGAUACCUCUAGUGAAAACCCUUACGCAAGUAGAUCAGAAGUUUUCAAUCAAAGUUAUGAGAAUCCAUAUGGAAAUCGUGAUACUAUAGCAAUGCCUCUUAUAGAUCCACCAUAUGCCUCUAGAACUGAAUGUAUUCGAGAUAAUCCUUAUACAACAAGAAAUGAUAAUAUGGAAAGUCCAUACGUUACUAAACAAGACGUUUUAAAACAAUCUGAUUCGUUUUACAACGAAUCUCCAUAUUCAAGUAAAGAACAAAUGCUAAGGUCUAGAAUAAUGUCUGAGAACCCUUAUUCUACUAAAGAAGAGAUGCUUCGACAGAGGUUCUCAGAAUCUCCUUAUAAUACGAAAGAAGAAAUGCUAAAGCAAAGAAUAGAAUGUAAAGAAUCGUUCUACGGCAAGAGAACAUACGAACCACCACCGAGUACGUCUUGGUCUGAAAAUUCGUAUAGCAUUAGACCAGACAGAAUAUUACAAACGCCGAUAAACUUUCCAGGCCGCAUAUCACCUAUGAGUAAAUGUAUGAGUGAGCCACCAUAUGCUACUAGAACAGAGAUGAUGGCAAGAAUUGGUCAGACGGAUUCACCUUAUACAUUACGACCCGAAAUUAAAUCAAGUUGCUCUGAUAGCAAUUAUAGAAGCCGGCAAGAAAUGUGUGACAUCAGACAAGACAUAAGGCCUGCUUCAGCAGAAUGUACAUACGUUACCAAACAGGAGAUAUUAACACAAAAAGCGGCUUUCCUGGCAAGUAAGGAAUCCACUUACGGUGCUAAAUUAGAAGAGAAACUAGAAAUAAUAAAGCAAAGAAACCAAGCAAAGAAAGAUAUGAUUUACCAGACUCGAAAAGAGACAAAUGAAAGUGACGCUAUGAAAGUAAGAGAACCGUUGUAUGUUUCGAAAAGAGAAUUAAAAGAGGCUGUUAUAUACGAGUCACAUAAUGAAGCGAAAGAAGUUUUGCCUUCUGAAAAUUCUCAAGGAAGUAGUGCUAGAAGUAGUCCAUAUGAAUUAAGUGAUGCAAAUCAUUUGUCCCGCCGAGAACCAUUAUACCAAACAAAAGCCGAGGCACAACUUGCUAAAGAGACAGAUACGUUUCAAGAAAUUGACUUUUCAAAAUUAAGAUUAACCGAGUCAAAAACUGAUGCUGAAAAAGAAAAAUCUAAAGCAGAAAGUAAUAUUUUAAAAGGGGAACCUAUCUACGCACCUAGACUGCACGGCAAAGACGAACAUAUUUCAAGUGCUUUGAAAGCUACCUCUUCUCCAAUUCCAUAUGAAUCUACCACAUCUAUGGAGACACAGUACGCUUCUGAGUGCAGUAUGAAUUUUGAAAAUAAGCCUCAAAGCACUCCGUAUGCAUCGCAAGAUUUGCAAGAUAAAUCAACAAAGUCUAAUAGAACUGUGAAGUUUUGCGAGAGAAUUGUAGAAAAAAGUCCAGAGAGUAGUCAAGAUACGUCUGAAAAUAUGUCUGCGAGUCGUAAUGAUACAACGAUCAUCAACAACGAGAACACUGUGAUUCAAGCGUCAUUUUCAGAAGGAAAUGAGAGUGGAAAUAAAACGACUGAGGUUGAGCCAGAUGGACCUCACACAACUUGGGGUAUUUUUGAUAGCGAAGGGGGUGUACUAGAAGAUAGACAAUGGGGUGUAUCCCUUAUUAUACCACCAAAAGCGAUAGCUCCGGGUAUCAAGCAAAAAAUCUACUUUACGGUGUCAGAUCCGCGACUGAGCCAGCGCGUGGGUGGACCUCCCAUCGAUAUGGAUAACGGUGAGGCGAUGCUGUCGCCGCUGGUGAUGUGCGGGCCGCAGGGGCUGGUGUUCCUGCGGCCGGUGACGCUGCGGCUGCCGCACUGCGCCAACGCCGUGCCGUCGCUCGGCCUCACCAUCAAGGCCACCGACACCGAGGCGCACCUCAGCACCGACUGGGACCAGAUACACCUGCCCGCCACCACCACCUUGAACACCGUCGCCGUCAAAGUCGACCACUUUUAG